UGGACCACCAUCCCGCACCACAUAGUUCCGGUGAGUUCCAGUGCAUCUUACGACGGUCCCAAGUUCUCCAUGCCAGGCGUGCACACGCCCAUCGACCUAGACGAUCCCCACAGCUUCCCUCAGAUCAACGGCUCCCAGAACGGAUACAGUAUGCUGAAUACCCCGAGAAUAACUCACGGCAUCAACGGCUCUAGUGUUCUAAUGACUCCCAGUUCACAAAGCCCUAUGCUCAACGGCAGGACGUGGAUGACCCCUGUAUCCAGCACUAGCCAGUUCAUGAACCGCGCCCCAACUUGGAACGUUACCAGAACAGGCGGCGUCAAGAAACCCAAACGUAUUCGCACAGCUUUCACAAGUCAGCAGAUGAUGGAGCUCGAACAGGAGUACGCCCGCACCCGCUACCUAGAUCGCAGCCGUCGGAUUGAACUCGCCAAGAUUUUAAAUCUCAACGAGCGCACUAUCAAAAUCUGGUUCCAAAAUCGUCGUAUGAAAGAGAAGAAAGAUAGAGCUGAAAGCAUGGAGGACUCUGAAGAGACUACGGAAUCAUCUCCGGAGCACGGGAACAUGCCGAUGCAAAUGUUAGUCCCUCACGACUUUCCUACGCCGGUGGCUGAUGCCCUCUACAAGCAGGAAGGUGUUUAUUUGGAGCCGUAUCCUGAGACUUCGACACCGCUGCCGAUGCCGACACAGUUGCCCCUGCCUCAUGGUAGCGACAGUCAAUUGAUGAACGGGUAUACAUAUGAGUAUCCCCAGGAUCACCAUUUGGCUUUCGAAUACCGUCAGAUGCAGUUACAAGAGGAAGCUUCGGCCUACGGGAGCGAGAUGCAGGAGGUGCAGAUGUCUCCUCAGUUCAAGGAGGAGUCUCCUCAGAGUGAGGAUCAGGGAAUUGUAACCACUAUGCCGGUGACAGAUGUUCAAAACACUGAUAUAUCAUGGAUUAGAAAUAUUUAUCCUGACGAGGAAUGUUAA